UUCGUCGCACGCACGAAUUCCAUCACCAAUUACCCAUCAACCCUCGGUCAAUCACGCCGUGGGCUUCGUUAUUGCCCUGAUUGAACGGCCACGAGUCCCAAUAUGCAGCCCGGUCUGCGGCAAUUGCGCCCUCGACAGCCGCCCCUGGUGCAUUGCGCCCGCCCGUUUGCCCAGCCCUUCAAAUAGCAGCCGUCACGCGCAUAUCACGAUGCAAUCCAGGACGAUUGACGGGCGGAUUGCACAUCUCAGCCAUGCGACUGCACGCGCUGCUUGCCUCCUGGUGCGUCCUGCGCGCAGCCAUCGCCCAGACCACCACAGACGACACCGAUCCCCCAGCGCCCACCCCGACGGGCGUCGACUCCUUCGCAAACGUAACCGUCUACCAGCCCGACGAUUCUGCCACGCAACUGACGUAUGCGCGCACCGAAAACCUGCCCAACAACACCGUCCUCGCAGCCUGGAACGACCCCUCGCAAGCCGCAGACUCCAUCGCCGUGUUCCGCUCCACGAACAGCGGCUUCUCGUGGUAUUCCUUCGGCAAUGCGACGUCGUCCGAGCCUGGCCGCAAGCUGCUGCAGCCGAGCCUGCUGUACGUAAACCAGUCGUUUGGAGGGGACUCGGGCGUGGUCCUGCUGGCGGUAAAUGCGGUGGACGACAAGAGCACGAAUAUCGAGGUGUAUGCGUCGUAUGACCAGGGAGAGAGCUUUGAACUCGCCAGCGAGGUCGUGAGUGCGGGCCCCGUCGGCGCGAAUUCGUCUACGGCGGUGUCGAACCCGUUCUUGCUGCUGCAGAACAAUGCCGUCACAAUGUACUACUCGACCCAGCAGGACCCGCAGCACUCGCAGAAGAUCGUCCAGCAAACGACAGCCGACGAUUUCGAUAGCUGGGACACCGCCAUCGAUGUGGUGGCUUCGCAGUUCCACGACGAUAGACCGGGCAUGUCGACGGUCGCGAAGCUUCCAAACGGCCAAUACGUCAUCGCCUUCGAAUACGGGCUGCUCAACUCCACCACGAAGGCCUACUCCUACCCCGUAUAUUACAAGAUAUCUCCAAGUGCCGAAAACGCCGGGACUGAACGCACGCGCCAACUCGUCGUUGACACCGGCGCACAGCCGUAUGGAGCUCCGUUCGUGACGUGGACUCCGCUCGGCGGAGUAAACGGGACCAUCGUGCUCUCCGAUUCUCGUUCGAAUUCCGUCUUCAUAAAUCAAGCACUUGGCGAGGGGACAUGGAGAGAAGUAAAGACGACAGCGGGUAGAGCGUCCGCGAGGGAGGUCCGCGUCCCAAACAACGACGAUACAAAGCUUCGGUUCGCAGGGGGUGCAGAGUAUGGACAGCAGUCGCCUAGUCAGAUCCUGGUUACGAUGAUGGAUUUCCAAAAGGCGCUCGCAGCACUUGAGCCGAGAGAAUAAAGGUAUAGGUACAUGACCGGGAGUCGGCAAUACCUGAAGACAGUGAGCACCAAAAGAAUGGCCGAUUAGCAUUGUCUGCCCAUCCAUACAGUAUUACUAUCCUGCCCCCUUCGCCACUCAUUCCUUCCCCUGUAUUCCACUGCCGCAUUCCGAUGAGACGCCGAUUGUGCGUCAUAGACUUGAAAGAUGAUACCGAAUAACUGAUCGGGCAAGGUAAACGCUGACGGUAUAUAUCAGCAUAUUG